AUGCUCCAAAGGCCUCCGCAUUGGCAUAUCGUCCCAAUCCUAGAGACAUUAGCUUUGUCGUCGACGCGAUAUGUCUUAAACGCUGCUUCACUUGCUAUUCGACGGGCAGUUGAUUGGAUUGAGCAGAACUUUCAGGAGGAGUUUCCCAACCGUUCUUUCAAUACUAGAAUGCUCUCCGAGAUUAUCGUGAUUAUAGACAAAGACCUAUGGCUGUGGAGUUUGUUCGAGCGAGCGGGAUAUAAGCCCAUAGAAAUGUGCGAGAAGGAUGGAGAAAUGGUCCUUCGCCGGUCCGCUGACCUCGUAAUGGGUCUCGCAGUGUAUACAGGUGAUAUCCAAUUGUACCGCAGCGUACGGGAGCGUAUUCCGAACUGCCAGGAUGCCAUUGUAGCUACUACAAUGGUCGCCGCAUAUCGUGGGAAUGAAGACAUAUUGAAAGAAAUGCUGGACAUCGCGAAACGGACGAAAACCAAAUUCCCCCAUCUGGGGAAGACCUCAACUGGGUACUUGCGUGCCCCGCACUGGUGUGAAAUUUUCGAAACCUCGAUCACAUAUAACGUUAAUUCGAUACACGGCGGAAUUGCUAUUAUUCGACAGUUGGCAAUCGCCGGGCACGCUGAAAUUUUACGCCAGGCUAUUGGGGAUCAACCGUGGUGGAAGCAUUUGACUUUCGCAGUCCAAGAAGCAAUGUGUCUUACACAGGAUUUGGAUACUUUGAAGGUUCUCUGGGACGCUCUUAGUGAAAUACCCGACGAUCGUCUCAUAAAACUGGCCGCAAUGCAAAGGGCUGCAUUGGUCGCGGUGGUUUUUGGUAACACUGAAAUUGUUGCGUAUUUGCUUUCACAAGGUCUCAAACCUGAGGAGCCUAUCGAUCACGCUGUUGAUACACUGACAGGAGGAGUGAUGCGAUCGCCGGCAAAGGAGUCAAUCAUGAUGACGGCAGUAAAGUAUGGGAGAAAGGACGUCGUCAAACUUCUACUCGAUCAUGGCGUUCACCCAGACACCUCGGCAAGGUCGAUCAGUCAAACUUCAGAGAGUGCAGUGGCACUCGCUGUCACGGCGGGGCGAACAGAUAUUCAAGAACUCUUCUCGCAAUACGGCCACUGUUUACACCCUGCUUAA